AUGCAACUUUAUAUUUUUUACUUUAUACCGCACGUCAAAAUCAUCCACGACCACAACCUCGAGCACGACCACAACCUCGACCAUGACCACGACCACAACUUCAACCACGACCACGACCACGACCACGACCACGACCACAACCACAACCUUGACCACGACCGCAACCUCGACCACCAUCACAACCUCGACCAUGACCAUGACCACGACCACAACCUCGACCACAACCACGACCACGACCACGACCUCAACCUAGACCACAUCCUCCACCAUGUCCACAACCUCCACCAUGACCACGACCACAACCUCGACCACGACCACGACCACAACCUCCACCAUGACCAUGAACACAACCACCACCAUGACCUCAACCUUGACCAUCACCUCGACCAUGACCACGACCACCAUCACAACCUCGACCAUGACCACGACCACAACCUCGACCACGACAACAACCAGCACAAUGACCACGACCGCAACCUCCACCAUGACCACAUCCUCUACCUCAACGGCCUGAGACGUUUAAUGAUAGUUAUAACGCCUGAUUUUAUUUCAAACUGA